AUGGCAGGGUCUACAUUACCCGAAAAGGUUGCGCAAAUAUAUUACACGUAUGGUCUUUUCUGCUCGUCUUACCCCGCGGUUGCGAUCGCUCUAGCGCUCUCGGUCGUCUUAUUCUGCUGCUAUCCACUUCUAAAUGUGCCAUUACCAGGAAAUAUCCCAGUUGUAAUUAAUAUACACAACAAGGAUCAACACAAAGUGGUGGAUUGUAAUACAAAUUGUGAUUUUUCAGCAACAUCGCUACAAUUACAGUUUUUGCAUAAUGAAACACAAAAACUUCCACAUGUGUGGGUGAAAGAUAAACCGCUACUUUAUGUACACCAAAUUAUUAUGAGAAUAGGUGUGUCGCCUUGGAAUAACAAUCUUAAAAUGUGGGAUGCUUUCCGAGCACCUCUUCAAGAGACAUUUCGCUUACUCGAGGCUGUGAGGAACCACGAAGAUCCAGAAACAAAAGAAACUCUAUUACAACACUGCUACCAAGUGGAAGGUAUAAAAAGAUCUGAUAAAGCCACUGUUGAGACGGUGCUGCCAGAAUAUAGCUGUCUCAUUCUAUCACCAGCUAAUCUAUGGCAACAGAAUAUAGAUUCAUUCUCACUCGAUACCAAUAUAGUGAACACAGUUUAUACAUAUCAGGGACUUCAAAAAGGCAAGGUAUCAAUCGCUGAGAUGGCUUUCGGCUUGCAACUGAGAGACACUGGCAUCAAACGUUAUCCAUUGAGAGCGAGGCCAAGGGUCUUACAAUACGCUGUAACACUCUUCUAUCAACAUGCUGAUGAGAAGUUCAUCAAUUCCCUGACAAAGAAGCUCCGCGACAUGUAUCCCCUGUACCAAGAUACUUCCCAGGCCUACACUGACGAAAUGACCCUCAUAUAUUACCCGGGAAAGUUCAACUAUCACGAACUGGUGCAGUUAAUGAUAACGUUCGUCGGUCUCUUUCUGUACGUUUAUUUCUCGGUACGGAAGAUAGAAUUCAUUAAGUCCAAACUGGGCUUAGCGGCGUGCGCUGUCCUCAGUAUAGCCGGCAGUCUUACAAUGUCAAUGGGAAUAUGCUUCUUCUUCGGUUUCUCCUUGAGUUUGCAAGGGAAAGAAAUCUUUCCAUAUCUGGUGAUAAUAGUCGGACUCGAGAACGUUCUGGUGCUAACGAAGAGCGUCACUUCUACAGAUUCAAGAUUGGACGUCAAAAUACGUCUCGCCCAAGGACUAAGUAAAGAAGGAUGGUCCAUAACAAAAAAUCUCCUCACAGAAAUAACAAUACUGACAGUCAGUUUCUUCACAUUCGUGCCAUUUAUACAGGAAUUCUCAAUUUUCAUGAUAGUCAGCCUAUUAACCGAUUAUUUCAUACAAAUGGUGUUCUUCGCGACUAUCCUCGGUAUAGACGUGCGCAGAAUGGAGUUCUAUCCCGAGCGUAAUUCAAAAUUGCACUUGAAGGACUAUUUCAAUUCGAACAACGCUCUCAACUGGCGUUUCCAUAGAGGUUAUUCAGAUGAUAAUAAUUCGCCUCAAAGAAUGACGAAAUCUAAAUCCCAUCCGCGGCUCAACGGGCUGGUUCAGACAAGUCCGACGGAUGUGGUUGCCCAGCGUAACCAAAGCCCUGGUUGUCAAGACCACAGGGUUCCUAAACGUAUAUGGCUUGUGAACAUGUGGGCUAGAACACGAUUCUUCCAACGUGCGUUCAUGGUUUGGAUGCUAGUGUGGAUAUCUAUGAUAGUGUACGACUCCGGUGUUGUAGAUUAUUUCAUAGGCAGUGUUGAGAACAGUGAGAUUAACACGGUGCAUAGAAAGAACAUAAGGAAUGAGCCCAAGCAGUCAGUGUAUAUGAUAUACAAUAAUGUUAAUAAUACGGGAAGACAUCCUCUAGUUUUCUCACCGCUUCUUGAUACUUCCGAUACAGAGAAGAUCGCAAUAGCUGCUAACGAGACGAUACUAUUGAAACACUCGCCAUUACAUCGACCGUUUUCAAGGGUAUCCCCGUACCAUUGGUCCUCGAUUCUGUCUCAGUAUAAUGAGUCGGUUGCGGGUAGAUACGUGGCUAUACUACCGCCUGUGCUAGUUAGUCAUCGAGUUGGACCAGAAGUAGCGGUCGGCUUGAGGCAUCCCGAUGAAAAGGAUCCGCCUCCAUUAAGAUGGCAGGCUCUGGCUGCUGCCUUGGAUCCCAUAGAUACAUUACCAGAAUUUGACCUCAAAGACGGUAAAGCACAGGCACAUCAAUUGGGUCAAGGUGCUGAUUUACCCAUUUACCCUACAACACCCAUGGAAAUACUGCUUCUAGCCAUACUCUGUACCAUAAGCGUGGCUGUCAUAGCAUACAUGAUGGUAGUACUAUACAGAUGCGUUUGUUCGCGCCACUACGCAGAAUGGAGGGCGUCCUGGAACGAUGAUAAUCUCCAUAAUAAGACAAUAGCCAAACAGCCGGCUGUACAGCUAGUGAUGGAAGCUGUUCCAUUGGUGGUGGCUGGUCACAGUCAGGAGGUGGAGUGUCUGGUGACCGAUGGGGAGAAGGUGGUCAGCUCCUGUCUUCAAGGAAAUAUACGAGUGUGGGACUCACUUAAUGGAGAUCUCAUCACUAAUAUUGAUAGAAGCGCAUACUUCAAACUUCAAUCGGAGUUGUUUGACAGAGUCAAUAGUAAAGCCUCUGAUGAGCAUAUUACUAUUGAAGCAUGCCAUAGUCUCGAAGAUGUCACCCAAAAACAAAAUACCGGACCAAGAUUGCGGCGACCUCUGUCUACACAUUUGAGUAACUUACAGUUUAAACAGAACAACAGUACCGAUUCAACUUAUCUACCAGUAUCCGAGAGCACUAAGUAUGAUUUCGCGAAAGCCUACAGAGAUUUGUAUCGCACUGAACAAGACAUAUACGAUGUCAGUGAUAAUUACAGUGGUUUGAUUAAAGACAACGAAGAUAUAAGUGCGGUGAAACCAAAAACCAAAAGUGCUGUGAAUAGUGUUAGUAUGGAUUUUGUUAGGAGUGAUGGGUCAGAUAAUACUGGUGCUUGUUGGAGAGGUCAAGUUCUUAUGGACACUCCGGUGUGGUGUAUGGACUUCUGUAAUGAUCUCAUCAUACUUGGCUGUGCCGAUGGCAGGCUGGAAUUUUGGGAGGCCAGUACUGGAAAAUUGAUGUGCGUGUAUCAAUCAUCAAUGGCUGGUAUAAGUCACGUUCGCGUAUUAUCUUCAGGCAGACGAGUCCUAGCAGCCAGUUUAACUGGACACCUCUCACUAUUAAGACUAGAUGCUUGCACUAGUUCGGGAGCCCACGUCGAUUGGCGUUUCAGCACAGCUCAUAGACGAACUCACAAAAGAACGGGUUCUGCUGAAUUACUGAGAACAGGCAGCGGAUUUAAUGAAAACCGAAAGAGCUUUUCAUACGACGCUGACAAUAAUAACGACGAAGUAGUUUGCGUCCGCGUGGCUCACUGUAGGGCGCACCAGCAGCCUAUAACUGAACUACAAUCUGAAGGAGGGCGUGUGUUGACUGGCGGACAAGACCACGUGCUCAAGGUGUUCUCAAGCUCGGAGCUGACGGCGUUGUUGACUCUUCACGGUCAUUGCGGCCCUAUAACCAGUUGUUUCAUAGAUCAUGCGACGCCCACGAUCGCCGGCAGUGGUUCCCAGGACGGGUUGCUAUGCGUUUGGGAUCUACAUACAGGCGCCUGCCUCUACAGUAUGCAGGCUCAUGACGGAGCUGUGACGUCACUCGCCUAUACAGCUUCCUAUGUUGUGUCCGCGGGCGCUGACGAAAGGUUAUGCAUAUGGGACAGGUUCCAAGGGCAUAUGCUGAACACAGUCCAUAUAGGUCUAAACUACAUGAGUCGAAUGCUGCCUCUCACUCACACCCUACUUGUGAUGGGCGACCGAAGCGGAUUGACGGCAUACGACCUCAGCAGCGGGGAUAUUAUACGAAGAGUCAUGUUUGUUACAGGCCAGAGCGACGGCUGUAUAUUCGUGCGUCAGAUACUUCCUCUGAAGGACGCCAUAGUAUGUGACUACGCGAACCAACUAAGAAUAGUCCGCUUUCCUUUAGUGUCGAAAAUGGACAUGAAGAAUGAAUAG